AGAGAUCCAAGGAAUUCAACAGCAGGAGGUGACGUCAGAAUCCCGUAUUUUGCAGUUGAUAUGGAGUAGAACAUUUAACCAUGUUCCUGACUUUAGUUUUCGCAUUUUCGGUGGCUCCCCCCCCCCCCCCGCAAAAUACUUUUGUUUUAACUUUGCGAGAGAGGCAUUGAGCAGUGAUAGCAUGACAAAUUCGUUUUGUUUUUCUUGAGAUUGGAAGGCUCCUAGAUCUCUCCUCGCAAACAACAGGGGAAGUGCCCCCUGUCCUUUGUCUGCUUCGGGUGUUUUUAAAGUAUUCGACAUGGACAUUUACGGAUACAAUGGUGUUUUUCUGGUCAAAAGACCGUUUAAUAAUGCAGUUUUUGAGAUUUCGAAUAUGUCAGACAUUACGCAUCAGGGAUGCGAUAACGGGGCUUUGACAAACAGAUUCGGAGUCUUGAUUCAAGGGUUGCUGGCCAUAGUUGCCUUCAGCACAUUGAUGGUGAAGAGGUUCCGUGAACCCGUAGGGAUCAGAAGACCGUGGAGGAUCUGGUUUUACGACAUGUCCAAGCAGGCCAUUGGCGCUCUCUUCAUCCACUUCGCCAAUGUGUUCCUCUCCAACCUCACAGAAAUGGACCCCUGUUCCCUGUAUUUGAUCAAUUUCCUGCUCGAUGCCACGCUAGGCAUGCUGGUCAUCUGGGCGGGGGUCAAGGUUGUCUCCUGGAUCGUGGAGUACAAGCAGUUCGCACUGCUCACCUUUGGAGAAUACGGUGACCCUCCCCAGGCCGCAGCGUGGCUCGGUCAGUGUGGUGUCUACCUUCUCAUCAUGGUCCUGGAGAAGAGUGUAGUCAGCUUGGUGCUGCUCAUUCCAGGAUGGACCAACCUGCAGUCUGUGUUGCUGGACUACAUCCCUAACCCUCAGGUGGACCUUGUGUUGGUCAUGCUCAUCGUGCCCGUCAUUGUCAACUCCAUCAUGUUCUGGGUGGUGGACAGUCUGAUGAUGAGGAAGUACAAGAGCCUGGAUGACUCCUGUGACCCCUCGACCAAGGUCGUCUCCACGGUGCCGUGGGUUACUGGCGACGAGUCACAGGUCCUGUUGCCCGUCGACACAGACGCUGAGGAGGAGGAUAGUUCAACAAUGGAUCCGAGGAGGGUCCCACUCUAGCCUCCCAGUAGUGGGCAUAAUACCUAGCUGGGUGGAGGUGUAGCUCUGAUAUCCUUCUCUAAAAGCCCCCUGACACACACGCUGACCCGCACCACACACAAACAAAUCACACGCAUUUGCUUUUUUUCAUUGUACACAUCCCAAUGAUGUCUUUGAUGAUGACUUGGCUGUUAGAGGAUGUUGAAUGUUAUCUUAACUAUGCUUUAUGAUGGAGGGGGCUAUAAGCUUGGUGGGGGCUAUAAAGUGUCUCGUAAUGGAGAUGAUUAGAGAGCACAGUGAUGAUGAAAGAGUAAAUCUGUCCUCUCUCACGGGGGGGAUUUUGUGAAAAGGGUGUUUGUUGAUCUCCAAAGAGCUCCUUGACAUACCGUAUCAACUUCUAAAGAGUAGCGGUAAGGUGUCAGUACAAUCUCCUCUGUUUUCCUUCAUCAUACAGAUAACUGCUUAGUUCAAACCUCGACAUACAUCAUCUAAUGAUCUGUAAUUAAAUAAGUUUUGGACCUGUAGUAUUCAGUAGAAUCCACUACUAGUGUCCUUGUCUCCUUUCCUCCUUCGCCACUAACAAGUGGAAGGGCUGGGUAGUUUCAAUCAUAUGGAUUUCAACGUCCACUCAUAUCAGUUGUCAGACUAUUGUAACUCAGCCCAAGCAGUUGGACCUUAAAGUUGGCAAUGUUUUAUCUGAGUUGGACUGUAGUGGUCUGGAACAGUUCUUCACACUUCUCCAGAGGAUGUUUAACAAGGUGGAAAAUGGACCAGAUCAUUUUCUAUUCCUCAUGGAUGUCCAUUUGGGAUUGAUUUGGAUUUAUCCAAAUAAUGUUUCUGAUAUGAAGUAAAGAGCUUUGUGAUUUUGAGUUCUAAUGUAUUUUCUUAUGUCUAUUGGACAUAUUUGACUGUAUUCAUAUUACUUGUGGUUAAACCUGGAGUAAUGGGACAUUUCCAAAUGGUAUCCCAGAAAUGAUCACGGUCAACCCGAGAUACAAUUGUAAACGGAACACUAUUUUGGUAUGUUCAUUCUUAUAGAUCACAUUUCUCAAUCAUUGAGCUGUUAACUCUAACAAGAAAAUACAGUACUGCCAUUUUUGUAUUCAUUGAAUUCUGUUCCUGGAACCAUUUUAAUGUCUUAGUGAUAUGAAGGAUUCUGAUUGUGUGAGACUGUCAUUUCACGUGACCUCAAAUGUUUGGAACAGGUACUGUGAGGACCUGCGCCACUACACUGUUUGCAUUUAUGCAAAUUAUUCACUUUUUUUUUUUUUAUCUACAUUUUUUAAAUUUAGCGUUGCUCCAGUCCAUCAUGUAUGUAUGUGUUUGUGGAAACAUCAUUUUUAAUUGUGACUGAAAUAGUUUGAAUGUUUAAUGGAUUUCCACUUGAAAGUGCCAUGUUGCCAUAAUAUAUUCAAAUAUGAUACGAGAAACAUUUCUGUUAUUUGUCUUAACAGUUGUCACUGUUUGUAUUAUAAUAAUUUAAAGUGAAGUUGUAUAAUAACAAACACGGGUGUUGAAUUCCUUUGGUGGCUUAGGUCAGCCCGGUGGCUUAGGUCAGCCCGGUGGCCCCUGAGCUCGAUGACAGACACCUGAGCGGGACGUGGAGUAGUACACCUCUGUGACUCCAAACUGAUGACAGGAGGGAUGAGGGGGGUGGUUAGAGAGGGAGCUAGUCGUUGGGACAGGUAGAGGAGAGGGUUAGUUAGGGGGGUGUCUGGUGUGACCAGGUGUGAUCCUAAGCAGUGUCGCCACAUGAUCGGGUUCACCUGUUUGCUCUCCCAGUUAGCACCUAACCCUAGCAUGUAAAGAGCCUGCCUUCCUGCAAUGACUAAGGCCUGGAUUCAGUCCUAAUACGAGUUGUAGACAAUGCGGCUGUUAAACGCAAUUUCAGAUUGAGCAGCGUUUACCGUGAAUGUGAGCCCUGUGAACAUGAGGACAUUGUCUUUAAAGCCCUUGAUGGGAUUGACUCGGUAGGAUGGAGCACAGUACUAGUUUUGGGUGUGAUUCCUGCUUGGGCCACAUACAGCACAUACUUAUACUGAAUGUUUGUGUUAACUGUUAGUUACUUUCAUAGAACUGUUUACUUUGUUAGUAUUAUGUUUCAAGUGUUCUUACAAUCUAGAGCUGUUCAGAAAAAAAGUUGAUCUUUACCAAUAAAUCUUGUUUUUACACACAAAAA